AUGAACUGGACGGGAGGCCAACUGCAUCGCCAUUCUAGAAUGGGAUCCAAGGGUCACAGACUGAGCUUUCAACCUCGGCUGACUGCGGGUGACAAGCAAUUCACCCCUUUCCUGGAUGGUCCAUGGAAGCAACACGAUGGAGUAAAAGCCGAGGCAGAAAACCAGGUUGCAAUAGACGAUGGGCCUCGGACGGGCCGCUCGUCGUCUCCCAGCGGGAACCACCUGGAGCACAUCAAACGUCAUCUUCUUGAGGAAUCUGACUGGGCUGCAGUUGCCACUGCUCGUCCCUUGACUGUUUCAUUUACGGCGGUCGGCGUAACUGAGCGCUUUGGAAAACGGCGAAAGUUGAAUGACGGCGACAGAAGACGAUUGGUAGAUACCAACGAAAGUUCCGAGCUUGCCAAGUCCCACCAAGCAAACAGAGAUCUUGUUUCAGAGGUAGAUGUGGUGAGGAACAUCAAGAUCCGGAUCAAUGGGCGUCCAGUAGGCUUCUCUUCGGCGGAGAGCUCUGAGAUGGCCAAGGACACACUGUCAUCGCAGUCCAUGCUUUUUGGCCGCGAAGAACCCGCCAUUCGCAAUCAAUCAGACCGAGGAAAAGAAAAUGUUACUCCUUCAGCCGCUUGGGAAAUCAAUACUCGUGUCUCAUUGAACCGUCGCCCGGAACUUGCACGGCUCAGCUUCGAUACGCCAUUGCUCAUGACACCCCACACCCCAGUAGCAGCUCGCUCUUCUGAUCAAGACAUUUACUCAAUUCCCAGUUCAGAUUUCUCUGGAAAGACAAUCCCGCGGCCUCAGUAUCCAGGAAAAACAAAUAAUAGCGCUUCCCCACAUAGGAUCUUCAGUCUAGCCUCUCAAUCACCCAAAAUCCCAUUACCUCGACACUUUACCAUUGACGACCAAAUUCUCGCUGAGGAGCUGGGAACUGACAUUGGGUUGGGAUCUUUGAGGCGGCCUCUCCGGGGAUUGUCCCCAGCCCCUCCGGAGAGAAUGAGUGAAUCCCGUCAUGAUUCAGAUGCUGUUUCCACCUCCAGCUGGCAACAAAAUAAACACCAUAUUGACCACCAUAUACCUCUACAAACUCCCUCUUUCCGUCUGUUUGAUGAUGCUCCUGCUCGACCGCCUCUUGUCCGGGGGACGCAAGUUCUGGAUUCGCCGGAUGAUGCUGAUGUCUCUCCCGUGAGAAUUGUCGGGCAACCCGUUCACUUUCAUGAUGGAAGUUGA